CGGAUCUCCAUUUUCCGGGCCGGGCCGUUUCACAUCUGCAGGGGCUAAGCAAGCAAAUACGACCAUUUUUUAUUGACGUACGCGAUCGGAAUGAAUUGAAAGAAAGGAGUACAGGGUUGUGAACUAGCGAUCGAACCAUUUCCGACUUUCUAUCAGUUGCUGUGGAGCUGAACUGAAGUGAGAGCUCAAUUAUAUGAUGGAGAGUGAAGAGGAUCCGGUAAAGAAGGCGCAGGUGGUGGAAGCCCGGGCAAGAAAUAUCAGUCACAAUGUGAGGUGCACAGAGUGUGGUAGUCAGUCCAUUGAAGACUCACAAGCUGAUAUUGCCAUUCUUCUGAGGAAGUUAAUUCGUGAUGAAAUUCAGUCUGGUAAAAGUGACAAAGAGAUCUUUAAAAAGCUUGAGGAUGAUUAUGGGGAGACAAUACUUUAUGCCCCAAAGUUUGAUUUGCAGACUGCUGCUUUAUGGCUAUCGCCGUUUCUUGUUGCAGGCACCGCUGCAGGCAUAUGGGCCUUCAACAAGCACAAGCAAAAGACUAAUGUGCAUGUCAUGGCUUUGAACCUUGUAAGAGGUGUUCCAUUGACUCCUAAUGAGAAGCAAACCAUGCUAGAGCUCCUCACGCCUCCUCCUUCCAAACGAACUACUCUCUCCUCGUGGUGGAAGAAGUGGCUUGGCCAGUGAUUUACCAUACUCUCUCGUUGCCUUUUUAUCUGACUUGGUUUUGAACUUUGUGGAGGGAAACUAAAGAGAGAGAGAGUUGCCCUACAGUUUGCAAAUAGAAGAACCAACUGGUUGCUGAGUUUCAUGGAUUUUUAGCUAGGUGGCCUUCACUUGGUCUAUGAUAAAGAAAGCUUUAGACUAUCAUAUAUAAUUCUGUAUUCCAGUUAGUGUUCAAAUUUAGUAGACUCUAUUAAAAAUAUAUCGUUCAGGAAUGUGUAUCAUGUUUGAAAUAUUAUUUACUGAUUAUGAGGUUUUGAUUAUAUAUAUAUUCAACUUGUUUGAAUUAAA